CGUCUUAUGGGCGGCCAUCCCCUCCUCCAAACAGGCAGGCAGACAGACAGACAGACAAACAGACGUCCCAAGAAAGACCAUGUCCCGCAAGGGCGUCGGCCUCGCGGCCUUUGACCGCAGCCGGCUGACGUCGGCGCAGUACGCGACGCACGGCUCGGCGCUGCGGACCACCAACGCGCAGGCGCUCGAGACCCAGCUGUCCGUCUUCCGGUCGCUGCUGCAGCAGUUCGCCCACACCCACGCCAAGGACAUCCGCUCCGACCCGGCCUUUCGCGCCCAGUUCGCCCGCAUGUGCUCCGCCAUCGGCGUCGACCCCCUGGCCAGCAGCUCCAGCGGCGGCGGCGCCAAGGGCGGCGGGGCCGGCGCCUCCAUCUGGGCCCAGCUUCUGGGCACGUCGGUCAACGACUUCUACUUCGGCCUCGCUGUCCGCGUCGUCGAGGUCUGCGGCGAGACCAGGGGCGAGAACGGCGGGCUGCUCGAGGUGAAGAAGGUGCGCGAGAUGAUUAUGCGGGGCCGCAUGGAGGGUGCCGCAGAGGUCACAGAGGACGACAUCUUCCGCGCCGUGGGGACCCUGAAGCCGCUGGGGUCCGCCUACUCCAUCAUCAGGGUCGGCAACAAGCCGUACAUCAGGUCGGUCCCGCGGGAGCUCAACACGGACCAGAGCGCCGUGCUCGAGGCCGUGCAGGUCCUCGGCUACGUCAGCGUCUCGAUGCUCAUGGUGAACCUGCGCUGGGCCCGCGCCCGCGCGCAGACGGCGCUCGAGGACCUGGUCGGCGAGGGUAUGCUCUGGGUCGACAAGCAGAGUGACGAGUGGGAGUACUGGAGCCCCGGCUUCAUGCUGGACCCCCAGGAGUCCCCCGGCGAUGGGUGACUGCUCCCCCUGGGUGUUUUCGAAUCUCCCUCACGGAAUAGCGACGCACUAUCUUGAGCCUACCUUCUCCGGCCGUAGAGGAGUGCAUGGGCGUCAUGAGCCGGGCAAGUGUCUCUCGGGGUUCCGAACCCUAGGAAAAAUCAGGGUACCCAGGCUCAUUCAUGCAUGCGUCGUCUAGCACCCUCAGCUCUUUGGAUGGGUAAACCCUCAUGGACCAAGUCAGCCCACACCCGCGGCUCAAAAACUUGGUCUAGCCACGAGACGCGAGAUCAUCUCACUCAACAUGCGCCUUGCUUGUCUCUUGGGUCUACAGAACAUUGCUGCGGCUGUGACUACAAGGAGGAGCAGGCAUGUUUCUGUGGUGCCAAGAAAGUUGGAUUAUGCGGGUUGAUAUGCUGUUUCGUCCUCCCGCCUAACACCCAACACCCAAUAAAGGGAUCAUAUUAUGGCUUCCCGUGGGUAGCAUGUCACUUUGGCUUGGCGGACAAGAAGCGACCAGGCACACAUCUAGUAUUUUAAUUAUUUGUAUUUCCGCCCUGGUUUUGACGAGCGGCUCUGGGACAAGAUCAUACGACAUACAUAACUACCAUUAUCCUACCUAUCUGCCCGCCGAAAAAAAAACAGAAACACAAGGACUAUAAAACGAAACAUGAAACAACAGAAAGAAAACCCUAUCCGACAGGGCGGUACAGACUGGAUAUAAACAGCGUAUGUGAUAACACGUAGGACGAUGAUCGUGACCGCCACAC